CAUGACAGCACCAUCAGCAUGAGUACUGAGACUUUUGAAACAGCUGUCUCUGUGUCUACUGUUGCAAAGAUUGCCCUGCCAAUACUCAACCUUGAGGCAAACCAACAUUUGGUUGCAGACACCAAAACCAAUGCUAAUGCUGUCUCCACCUUCAGGAUGACAGGUGAUAUCAACCUCCCUCUGAUCAAGGCUGUUGGAAAGGCAGAGUUAGACCAUAGUCUGAAGCUGGAGGGAAGCUUUGAGUUUGUUUCCAUGGAAUCAUCAACCAAGGCCAACAUCGAUAGUACAAUGCUUGAAGACAAUUCAUUUUUAGGAGGUCUGGAUAAUGACUUCAAUUUGUAUUUGAAUAAUGAUGGCUUACGCUCCACCUCCAAGAUUAUUGCUGAUGCCAAACUUAACCAAGCUACCACCAAAGUCAUUGCCAUGGAUGUAAAUGAGAAUCUUGCUGUUGAGGCAUCACUUAGCCGUGUUUAUGCAGCAUUAAAGUAUAGUGGCAACAAUGAGGCACACUUAUUCAAUUUCAACACCAACGGGAAGCAUGAUGUCAAUGCAAAUAUUGACUUUGCACCAACCUCUUCCUUGGCUGCUGAUAUGGAGAUUGAAAUAUCUCAGCCGAGUAGCCUGGGGAUGUUCUCCUUCUUUGAGAAGGCUGUUACUGAUGUGACAGGUGCCAAGCAGAAGAUCUUCAUCAAUGGCAAGUUUGUCAGCCCGCUGUACACCACAAACGUUGCAGCUGAAGUAGAGGGCAGUGCUCCUGUCUUCAAAGUCAACUUUAGGUCUUCUUCCACCUCUCCAGUUGUCUUCUUGGAGUAUGACCUGGACUCUUCCAUUACCAUCAACUUGGAACAUGCUGGCGUAAGCCUUACUGGGAAGGCAGUUUUCACCCACACAGAUCUGAGCAUGGACAUUCAACACAUUAUUUCCCAUACAUCGAGCGACUCGCGUCUUACCCUGAAUGCGGACAUUAACAGCCCUGCCUUCACUGACGUAAAUCUACGUUACACUGUGCGCAAAGAUGGAAUUAGUGCCACAAUUUCUAUCCCAUCUACCGGCUUUCUGGGUCUUCAGCUUCAUGGUCGGAGCCCACUUCAGAUGAAUUCCAGGAUUUAUGGCCGUUAUGCUUCUGAUCCUGCGAAGGAUGUCGAUUUUUUCGCCAUCAGAGCUUCUGCCAAGGAAGCCAACAAAAGGAAUGUGAAGAUGAUCUUUAACAUGGAGACGCCAGACAUCAUGCUCAGUGGACUAAAAGAAAGAAUUCCUGCCAUAGCCUCUUGUUUUUCCAGCUUUGCUGAAAAACACCAACUGCUCAAACAUUCUGCUCAGCUAAAGAAUA